AAUAAAACUUCAAAAGCUCAGAACUUGUUUUGUUUCUCUAUUUCGUUUGAUAAAAAAUUUAUCAUUCAUUAUUUUGUGUGGUUUGAUGUUUGAUUCGAAGUUUUAAAAGUUGUACUUUGUACCAUAAGAUAGUGAAUUUUGUGUUUCAAGUUUUCAUCGAGUGUAACUGCUGUGAUCGUAUUCAGGUAAGAUCAUUGAAAUAAUUUCCUGUUAUUUUGUGAGAACUCAAUAUCCAAACUACAACUUACUCUACUUUUGGAGUUUUCAUCUCACCAAAAUUGAAGCUAUUCAGCAUUCGUCGCAUUCGAGAGAAGGAAAGGAGUUACUCAAUUGGCAAAUGAACUAAUCAACGCCUGGCGAUUUAUCAUCUGUGUUAGAUUAAAAUCUGCACCUUGAUUAUUUCGAAGGAACGAAAUGUUUCACUGUUACUACCAUACUCGAGUGAUCGUUCUAACGGAUGCUUUGCAUUGUUUCAAGUUCCAGCGUCAGUUCACCGAAUGAACUUUUACAAAGGAGUAGAAAGAUAUAAACUGUUAUAUCAACUAUUCUGAGCGUUUUGACGUUCUUCUCGAUCGUUAUCUAUCAAAGUUACGAAUAAUUGAUUAAUAAUGCUGAACCCUAUCAGGAAAUCUCGAAAAAAGAGUUCGUUCUUACAGAAGGCCUACGCUAGCCAUCGGCGUCUACCAGGCGGUAGAUAUUUCGUGCCUGAAAUUUCGUAUAAUAAGGAAGAAGUAGAUUUCGAAUACGUUAUAAACCGUUUCAAAGAAUAUCUGCAAAGUCCCGAAGUCAAUAUUAAGUACAGUGAUUACGCCCAACUGAGAACUACUCUGUAUGAUAAGGUUAAUGAUGUUCAACGUCUUGGAUUCGUUGCCCCCCAAGUAGAAUGGUUAAACGAUCCGUUUCCUUUCGCCAGCCCUAGCACGAGCACUAAUGAAGAAAUCGAUUGGAAAAACGAUUUGGUCGGUGAACCGAGAGAACGAUUUAUUCAAAAUACGGAUACCCUGCUUCGGUUUCUACUUCUACCUGCGAAGAGUUCGAGUACGAGUAGUACUUCGAACAGUUCGAACGUUCCUAUAAAGGAUAUCGUAUCGAAGAAACAACUACUUUUACUCGUAUAUCUUUGUUUUCAUAUUAGUGCCGAUAUUUACGUGUUUUGGUAUAAGCCAUCGAAGAGAAAAACGCGUCAACGAAAAAUUACCUCGUUGCCGCCGAUUUUCCCUAGUUCUUCGACGUCGAUGUGAGGUUCAUUUUGUUACUAUCUGAAUCUGAAACGUUUUAUUCUGCAUGUUUGGUUUGUUGGUUUUCGGUCAGGAGCCUAGAACGCGAUGGUAAACUGUAAUAAUACAUUAUAUUGUGUUAUAUUAUUGUAAAGUGGUGAUUUGGUAUUUUAGUGAAAUUAUUUUGAAUUGAAGUAUUGAAAGAUGGAAAUGAGUUCGUUUGUUUUGCUUUGAUUCGGACUCGGAGUAUUCAUCGUAUAUAAAAUGAUCACUAGAAUAUUGGAAAAUAUGAUAAUUGUGAAUGGGAUUAACUCAUACGCCCAUACGGUUUGAUGUGUGAGGUCCUAGUCUUUGGACGAAAUUGUUUAUUUUGUUACUUCUAUUGUAAGAUUUAGAAUUAUCAUGUUUGAAACAUUUUUCCUUAUUGGAUUGUCCUUGUACAUAUUGUACAUAUUAUAUGAUUUUUAUGUUA